AUGUCGCAGAAGCCCAUCUUUGUGGCUACUCACCCCCGGGCGUGUUCCACGGCCUUUGAGCGAGUCUUCAUGACUCAGCGGGAUACCAUCCAGUGUGUCCACGAGCCGUUUGGUGAUGCCUUCUACUAUGGACCGGAGCGGUUGUCGACCAGAUUCGCCGACGAUGAACAGGCCCGUCUGGACAGCGGAUUCAGCCAGUCGACGUUCAAGACUGUCCUGGAUCGCAUCGAGCGCGAAUCAUCUGAGGGCAAACGCGUCUUCAUCAAGGACAUCAUCCACUACCUCCUGCCGCCGCACGGCCAACCGGCCAGCAUCGCGCCAUCGCUGCACCGGAUCAAGCGCGGCGUAGGCACGGAGCAGCCGGAGGCGGAGGCGCCGAAGGCGACGCCGUACCCGUACGCGACGGAGGCGGAAGCCGGCAACCCGACCGUGAUGCCGCGGGCGCUCCUGUCGCAGUUCCACUUUGCCUUCCUCAUUCGCGACCCGCACUACAGUGUGCCGUCGUACUACCGCUGCACGAUCCCGCCGCUGGACGCGGUGACCGGGUUCCAGAACUACGACCCCGCGGAGGCCGGGUACGACGAGCUCCGCCGCACGUUCGACUACCUGCGGGACACGCGUCUGGUCGGCCCGCGGGUCGCCACGCACGAGCCCGACGAGACGGAGCAGGACUCCUCAUCGGCCGCCUCCUCGCGCCCGUCGUCCUCGGCCUCCUCCGCCAGCAUGACCGGCCGGAGCAGCGGGAGCCGGGAGGAAGAGAUGGCCGAGAUCUGCGUCGUCGACGCGGACGAUAUGCUCGACAACCCGGCCCCGAUGAUCGAGGCCUUCUGCCGCAGCGUGGGCCUCAAGUACGACCCCUCGAUGCUGUGCUGGGAUACCGAGGCCGACCAUGCGUGCGCGCGGGCCGCGUUCGAGAAGUGGCGCGGAUUCCAUAACGACGCUAUCGAGUCGACGGGCUUGGUGGGCCGGAAACAUCCCCGAGCCCAGAAGACCGAGGCCCAAUUCGACGCCGAAUGGCAGGAGAAAUACGGGCCCGAAGGCGCCGCCCUCAUCCGCAAGACCGUGGAUGCCAACAUGGCGGAUUAUCUGUAUCUGAAGAAGUUCGCCAUGAAGGUUUAA